ACUGGCUUGGAAAUAGUAAAGUCUAAAAAUAGAGCCCCAGAGAAACUGGCUGCCACCCAUGUUGAUUCUUUCACCCAUAUUGGAUGCUGUCCACUUGACCUCGCCUGAACUCCACGUGUUUACGGCACGCACUUCACAGCCAUAAAUUCAUCAGGGUUGAUCCUCGCGAACGAGAGAUCGGAUUUGUCGUACAUGAACCUACGGCGCAAUUGACCUCUACCCAAGAUUCAUGCCAUCGUCCACAUGGGAAUACCACUUGGAUUAUAGUCACGAGAUACAGGGUCACUUCUCCCUCUUCGAAUUCGUCAACCCGAGACCUACUAAGGAACAGGACAGUAAAGAGAGACCUGCUGGGGGUGCAACAUACAAUUCCUUCCCCGACGAUCUCUACCUUGACGAUCAGGAAGCCUUGGAAGGUUCUGGUCGCGGAGGUGGCGAGGUUCGAGACGAUCUCGAGGCUUCCGGAAGUGGUCUUGGUCCGGACGAUGAAGAUGGCGAUGAUGGCACCAGCUUCAACAAGCACGACAGGAUAGAAUCAGUACCUAGCAAACCAAUCGAGCCUAAAGCACCUUACAUCGACGAAACCAUCAUUAAAACAAAACAGACGAACAUCGAGACGGUAAAUAGGCCAAGUAACGAAGGGGGCGUGGUCGAACAAAGCGGAAGUGACGAGCACGAGGAAGUGAAGGAAGAGACCAACGAGGUCUACAUAAUGAAUAAAAAAGAUCGCGCCAGUUCGUUCUUCGCUCAACCCGGCGUACUUGCCGCCGUUAUCGGAGGCGCAGUGGUGGGUCUCUUAUGUGCGAUCCUCGUAGUGAUGUUCAUAGUCUACAGGAUGCGUAAGAAGGACGAAGGAUCUUACGCCCUGGAUGAGCCAAGAAGAUCACCAGCUGCUCAAGCAUAUCCCAAACCAGGAGCGCCACACCACAACCGUGAAUUUUACGCUUGAGCCUCGAGGCUUGAUCGUCCUGGCAUCCGUGAAAACGCGAACCACCAAGUCACCGGAUAAAUAUUAAGCAAGAUCGACCAACAAACACGAUGACGACGUUUACGACGAGCGUGAACGAAAACGACAGCGAGGACGUCGCCAUCAUCAGCUACGUUUCUACUAUUGGUCGAUCGACUUUAAGAUUCACAAGUGCGAACGGUGUUGGAAGUGUAUGUACUUCUUCUCGUAUUCGCAGGCCAUAUUCGAGUUCUUUCUAGGAAGAAGGUUUAUCAGAUCAGAAGGGUGAAAGAAGUGUGGCAGAACGAAAAACAAAAAAAUACGUGUCCAGAGAUCCUGAAGCGAAGAAACAGAAUCCUCCGCUGACGUUACUACGUUCAUCCCCAGAAAUCUUUGCUCGUUGUAACUGUGCUCGGGCUUGAACGAAUUCCAGAUGCAUUUAAGUAGAGGGAAUAUAUAUAUACAUCUAUGUGUAUAUAUAGAGAGCUAUUGUAGUAGCGUACAAAGAAGUAAAUCCUCUUUGGGGUUCGAAUGGAGCCAUAUUUCCGAACGAGGAGUCUUUUAUUCGGUAUGUCGAUUUCUACGAGAUAGAUCUAAUGAGAGAACGAAAAAUAAUCAUGUCAGAUCAGUUCUGUUUCGUUCGCGUUCGAAGCUAGGUAGGAUGUCGUUUGAUUAUUUAUACUUGGGUCUUUCUUCUUCUUCUUUUUAUUCUUGUAUGUUGAUUCUCAUGGGAUGUCUCGUCUAUCUUGUUACGUGGUCGACUCUAGGUAACUUUGAUUCUCUUUGGGUUUUAUAGAAUUUGUUUUGCAGUGUAUCGAAACAAAGGGGAGGAAAAUCCCUUGAGUUGAAAUUUUUCUUCGCUACCUUAUGUCUCUUCGAUAAUCUAACAAAACCUUUUCGAUAUCUUGAGAAAAGUUAUAUGUUACACUUACCUUGUAGAGAAUCUUGUAGCUCUGCGAAACAUACUUCUCUUUUACAAGCUUCGACAGUUAAUUGAUUGAUUUUGUGGUCAUCAACUAUACAGUAAUUAAUCGUUAAGAAUAUUUUAAUACGGGAUAAAUCAAUUCCAAUAAUCGUUUUUACAAAUGGACAAAGAUGUACUGAGGAGGUACACGUUGUUUUUUUUUGUAGUGCUAAAAUUGUAUUUGAUAAUUGUCUCAAAAACACUAAUCUGUGCUUACGCGCAUAAAGUGCAUUUUAUAGCUGUAAGAUUGUUACACGAAAAAUAUCAUUUCACACAACAAUCAUUUGCCAUUGCAUGCUGUAUAGAAUUUGUCACACGUUAGUUCUUUAGACUCCCAUUUGGAAAGCUCUAAGAGUGGGUGAAACGUUCACGAGAUGAAAAAGAAAAACUACAGUCGACUCGUAACGCGAAUUAUAUACGUAGAUGUUUCAAAGAAAGUAAAUUGCGAUUGCUGUAACAGCCAUUGGAAUGCAAUCUCAGUAAAACAAAAAAGCAUUAAUUCAAGGAGAGUAAACGAAAGCUUUUAAUAUUUCAUAGACGCAUUAUCACCUUGCUAAAGAAGCAUCAUAGUCUAGCUGGACGAACAAAAGCUCGGUUAACAUUUUUCUGUACACUUUAAAUAAUCGAAAGUAAUCACCGUUUUGGAAGAAAAUGAAUAUAAAGAAAAUUUGGUGCUACUAGCGAUCAUUGAAAGUGACAAUAUUUAACAAUUGGACCCUAGAUACGUGACACUCUCUUCUCCAUUCCUUGUACAAGAAUUUUCUGCGAAAAAUAUUCGUAAAUAAUAAACACGUCACACAGACCAAAGGCGUAAACAUACAAAGUCGUAUCAGUAGAAUGGAGAAUAGUUUAUAAAAAAGAAAUUAUAUACCAACACAUCCAAAAACUUAGUACACGUGGGUCCUAAAUGCUCUCAUACGUCAUUUGUCAUAUAAUUUUACUAGAAUCAAUUGACUUCCGAGAUUAUUGUUUUUUCCUUAAAUAUUGUAUAAUUUUUAAAAAUAAUUUUAUUUCAAUCUUCUUUCUCCCACGCUCUCUUACGUUUCACUCGGUAUUUAUUUCUACUGGACAGAGUGUGCGAUUUUAUUAAUUUAUUAAUUUUUGACCCAUAGGCUCAAUUUCAUGUCGCACAUGCGUCCAUGCAUUUCCCUUGUGUCUCCCGUCUUACACACUUUAUGCAUUUUUAAUAAAUCUCUAUCUCUUGUUUCCUUGCUCAGAGACAUCUUUUUUCUCACUGUAUUAUCUACGUUCCACAUUUCUUUCCCAUCUACGGUUGAAUUCCGGUGUCAUUCAAUUAGCCUUAGAAGCCAAAUUCUUUAGUUUCACGUCGUGUGUCAGUAAGUUAAAAAAAAUGUCCAGUUGUCGGAACUCCCGGCUCUUGUAAAUUCAAAACACGAGCAUCAUAAGACACGAGUAAACGAGAGAUGAGCGGCCAUUCCACCUCGUUGGUAGAGAAUCGCGUGGGAUUAGCUAAAAGUAAUAAGUGCGCGAAGCGUAACAGGGAGGAAAAAAGGAAGAAAGAACAAUGGAGUAAUAAAUAUCACGCCGAUACUGCCAUAUAAUAUAUUACAUAAGAAAAACAAUAAUUUGGUACGAUUUUGCCAUUUAACCCUUUCUAUCCCCUCCUUCCAAGUGACCAUCCUCCCCUUCCUCGCCCUUUCUUCUUCCAUUCAGCUAGACUCUUUCUUGCCAUUUUUCCCACUUCCUUCUCGUUAAAAGCAAAAUUUCGUUAGUCCGCCUUAAGAGCUAAGAUCGUUAGUCACUAAACAAAGGAAAGACGAAAUAUUUAAAUUGAGGGUUCAAAAAGUACAUAAAAAACAUCGUCUCGGUCAUUCAGUCGAACGUUACACAUUGCGCAUGCGCACCGGAAAUGCAACGAAGAUCAGCCCAGCAAUCCGUUACAGUGUGGAACUUCCUCUCAUUCGAAUCAGACAAUUAUCAUUCCCAAUUGUACAUUUUCCUUAAUCGAUCCUCAAUCGUUAUUAAUUAUUAUACUCGCGAUGCCCGGAAACUACCAGUCUCGUCGUUCGCCACUUCCGGCGAACAUGAACGCUGCCCGCUUCUAAAUGAGGGACUUGAGGUGACGUGUGAGAGAAGGGAAUUUUUUAUAUGCGCCUACAUAUAUUUCUAUGUACGUGUUAACCCAUGACAUUCGGAUAAAAAAUUGUGCAAGACUUUCAUUGUAUUUACAAGAUGCGAGACGCGUUUGAAAUUUUCAAAAAAUUUGUUCAAUCCUUUUUUUUCUUAUUACGCGCGACAAAGAUCAUACAAAAUUAAGAGGCGCGUGCAUACACGAAAUACACAGAAUCGUUAAUUGCAAAUACAACUGUUAUUAUUGUACCAGGCCAAGACACAACGCAAGAACGUAUAAAAAAAAAA